GGGCUGGACAGGAUGUAGGCCGCAGCUGCAUCUUGGUCUCCAUCUCUGGCAAAAAUGUCAUGUUGGACUGUGGGAUGCACAUGGGCUACAAUGAUGACAGGCGCUUUCCCGACUUCUCCUACAUCACCCAGAGUGGCCGUCUGACUGAUUUUCUGGACUGUGUAAUCAUCAGCCACUUCCACCUGGACCACUGUGGGGCACUCCCCUACUUCAGUGAAAUGGUGGGCUACGAUGGGCCCAUCUAUAUGACCCACCCCACCCAGGCCAUCUGCCCCAUCCUGUUGGAAGACUACCGCAAGAUCGCAGUCGACAAGAAGGGCGAGGCCAAUUUCUUCACUUCUCAGAUGAUCAAAGACUGUAUGAAGAAGGUGGUGGCUGUUCACCUGCACCAGACAGUUCAGGUGGACGAUGAACUGGAAAUUAAGGCAUACUACGCAGGCCAUGUGCUGGGGGCAGCCAUGUUCCAGAUCAAAGUGGGCUCCGAGUCCGUCGUCUACACGGGUGAUUACAACAUGACCCCUGACCGGCAUUUGGGGGCUGCAUGGAUUGACAAGUGUCGCCCCAACUUGCUCAUCACAGAGUCCACAUAUGCCACAACCAUCCGAGACUCCAAACGCUGCAGAGAGCGAGAUUUCCUAAAGAAAGUUCAUGAGACUGUGGAGCGUGGUGGGAAGGUGCUGAUCCCUGUGUUUGCACUGGGCCGAGCACAGGAGCUGUGCAUCCUGCUGGAGACCUUCUGGGAGCGCAUGAACCUGAAGGUGCCCAUCUACUUCUCUACGGGCCUGACGGAGAAGGCCAACCACUACUACAAGCUUUUCAUCACCUGGACCAACCAGAAGAUCCGGAAGACAUUCGUGCAGAGGAACAUGUUUGAGUUCAAGCACAUCAAAGCCUUUGACCGGACAUUUGCCGACAACCCGGGUCCCAUGGUUGUGUUUGCCACACCUGGGAUGCUGCAUGCUGGCCAGUCCCUGCAGAUCUUCCGCAAGUGGGCAGGAAAUGAGAAGAACAUGGUCAUCAUGCCUGGCUAUUGUGUGCAAGGCACUGUCGGCCACAAGAUCCUUAGUGGGCAGCGCAAGCUGGAGAUGGAGGGGCGCCAGAUGCUGGAGGUGAAGAUGCAGGUGGAGUACAUGUCCUUCAGUGCCCACGCUGACGCCAAGGGCAUCAUGCAACUGGUGGGGCAAGCAGAGCCAGAGAGCGUGUUGCUGGUGCACGGCGAGGCCAAGAAGAUGGAGUUCCUGAGGCAGAAGAUCGAGCAGGAAUUCCGGGUCAGCUGCUACAUGCCAGCCAAUGGUGAGACAGUGACGCUGCCUACAAGCCCCAGCAUCCCCGUGGGCAUCUCCCUGGGGCUGCUGAAGCGGGAGAUGGUGCAGGGGCUGCUCCCCGAGGCCAAAAAGCCUAGGCUCUUGCAUGGCACCCUAAUUAUGAAAGACAGUAGUUUCCGGCUGGUAUCCUCAGAACAGGCCCUUAAGGAGUUAGGCCUGUCGGAGCACCAACUGCGCUUCACCUGUCGUGUGCACCUGCAGGACACACGCAAGGAGCAAGAAACAGCCCUCCGUGUGUACAGCCACCUCAAGAGCACCCUCAAGGACCACUGUGUACAGCACCUCCCCGACGGCUCUGUGACUGUGGAGUCCAUUCUUAUCCAGGCUGCUGCCCACUCAGAGGACCCUGGUACCAAGGUGCUACUGGUUUCCUGGACCUACCAGGAUGAGGAGCUAGGAAGCUUUCUCACAGCGUUGCUCAAAAAUGGCCUUCCCCAGGCUCCCAGCUGACAUGUAGCCACCGGUGACUCUUGUCUCUUGCUGUUUGCCCAGCAGGAGGACCAGGGCUCCAAGACCGGGUCACAGACUCUGUUCUAGGGAUG